GCAGCAGCAGAUGCUGGAGGGGAUGGUGAAUCUGGCUGGCUGGCUCGCUGGCUGGCUGGCCUCUACGGACAUCCCACUCCCUCCCUUCCCGCCUCCUGCUCUCAGCUCUCAGCUCUCAGCUGAGCCUGAGCUAACACAAGGCUGAGCACCAUCCUUCCUGCUGCUGCUGCUGCUGCUCGUCUCGACUCUAUGGGCCGCCAGUUCAUCCAUCCUGCGACGAUGGCGAGUGCGGGAGCAGUUGAGAGUUGUGUCUCAGCUGUGGACCGCGACCGACUCGAGCCGCACACACAUUGUUGUACUGCGUAGUAGCGCCGAAUCAGCAGCUCGUUAUGCUCGCGGGGGCGCCUCGCAGAUAUAUGAGGCACGCCCGAGCUCGUCGUUCUGCAAGAGUCGAUCGGGCCUCUGCAAGAAUGGUCGAAUGACUCUGCGAGAGUGACAGAGACGAGAGAAGAGAUUUGUGGAACGACUGAUACCACUCUGAGCUCUGGGGCCAGCUGCAGAGAGAGGGAGAGAGAGAGAAAGAGCUUCGCGAGGGGAGAAGCUAGAAGAAGAAGAGAGUGAGCGGCGUCCCGUGGGAGUGGGAGUGUGAGUGUGCAUUGCCAUUGCCGCCGCCGCUGCUGCUGCUGCUGCUGUUUAGGAAGGUGAUGAUGGGAGAAAUGGCUCGCAGGCUGCGCACUUCUCUCCUCGCGGUUUGCAUGGUGGCAUUGCUGCGAACUGCCACAGCAGGAGUGAGCUCGGUGGGAGUGAACUAUGGACGAAUCGCAGACAAUCUGCCGGACCCGAAGACGGUGGCGCAGUUCGUGGUGAGUCAGGGGAUAGGAAAAGUGAAGAUUUACGAUUCGAAUGCCGCAGUGCUGCAGGCGUUCGCGCACACGAAUGUGCAGCUCAUAAUCGGGCUGCCGAACGAGAAUCUGACGACCAUGGCCAAGGACACGAGCGCGGCGUACAACUGGGUGGCGAAGAACGUGGCGGCCUUCUACCCCGCGACGCAGAUCACCGGCAUCGCCGUGGGCAACGAGGUGCUGUCGACGGAGCCGACGCUGGUGGGCGAUCUGCUGGGCGCCAUGAACAAUCUCCACUCGGCCCUCGUCAACAUGAAGCUCGACGGAGCCGUGAAGGUCUCGACUCCGCACUCGCUCAGCGUGCUCGUCAAUUCGUAUCCGCCAUCGCAGGGCAAAUUCAACGAGACUUACGCCAGCACCAUCAUCCAGCCCAUUCUCAAUUUCCUCUACACCACCGGCAGCUAUGUCAUGGUCAAUGUCUAUCCCUUCUUCGCGUACAAGGGCAAUCCGGCCGAGGUCGCGCUGAACUACGCGCUCUUCCAGCCCACCACGCAGGUCAAGGAUCCGGCCACGAAUUUGCAGUACUCGUGCUUGUUCGACGCUCAAGUGGACGCGUUCUAUUCAGCGAUGAUGGCAUUGAAUGUGCAAUUUAAGAAUCUGACGAUCAUCGUGACCGAGACCGGGUGGCCGACUGUGGGAGACCAGAACGAGCUCGGAUCCAGCAUUCAGAAUGCGGCCUUGUACAAUGGCAAUUUGGUGAAGCACAUCAUGUCCGGCGCAGGCACACCGCUGAAGCCCAAUUUCGCCAUCGAGACGUACCUCUUCGCUCUGUUCAACGAGAAUAAGAAGCCAGGGCCGGCGUCUGAGCGGAAUUAUGGGCUGUUCUAUCCGGACAUGAAGCAUGUGUACAAAUUGAAUUUCACCACCGGCGAGCAAUCUUCGAAUGGAGGCACGAGCUCGCCCACGCAGCCCAAAGGAGGCGAUGCUCGAUACUGCUUGGCGAAGGCCGGAGUGAGCGAGAACCAGCUGCAAGCUGCGUUGGACUUCGCCUGUGGGCCUGGUGGCGCGAACUGUCAGCCUCUGCAACCUGGGCAGGCGUGCUUCGAGCCCAACACUCUGUGGGCGCAUGCGUCCUACGCCUUCAAUAGCUACUUCCAGAAGAACCAUCGCAAGCAGGGCACGUGCUUCUUCGGAGGCAACGCUGUCGUGAAUACGUCCAGUCCCAGCUCAGGCUCGUGCAAGUAUCCCACGCAAUAGAACUCGCACCGGCGGCCGAAAUUCGAAUAGCAGAGGGAUUUUUUUUGCAACUUAGUGGAACGAUAUCUGAAAAGCUCGUGGGGAAUUUCACGUUGCUUUCAUGGUCCAUGGUCCAUUCUCCAGUCUGUCUCGACGUGAAAAUUUUCCAGAGGAGCGCGACUUCUCUCCAGUCGCGUGUGGAGAAGCACCGACGAGUUGCAAGUCCCAUGAUAUCGAAAGAUGCAGCCAGUCAGCUGAGCUUGCUUCUAGCGAAUCAAUCGUCCCUACCCCACCAGACCUUAAGUCUACGCACGAAUUCACACGAGAUAUGAUUUUCUGGUCACAGUUUCUCUUUAGUUAGUGGGAGAAGAUCUCUUGGCACCUGUUUUUGCCGAUGUGUGCGCUUGGAGAAGCUCACUCACUGUCAUUGUGGUAUAGAAUCAUUUCACCAGCAUUCGAGGUCUGUCGAUCACCAGGAGGAGGUAGGCAACCAUCAACUGCAAAGGAAAGCCUUCUCUUCGUGCUGUGAGUGAUUUCGUAGUCUGGACAUAUUCCUCUCUGUCUGACUCAUGCCCACGGACAGUUUUCUCCCGCUGUCCGUCUAAUGUUUAUAAGGGGAUGCUCUCAUAAUUGCAAGAUUAGGUACUGCUACCAAAGGCAUUAUAAUCUACAGAAGCCGAGGAAUCUCUCGCGGUUGUAUGGUGGUGAAUUUUUGCAUCCUUCAGUUGAAACAUCAUUCUCUUCUCAGAUCCAUGUGUGAAACUUGUGUCGAUGGAAAUUGAUUGAUUUUAGUAAUUA